AUGACUUCACUCCCUCCCUCCAGGCCCAUUCCCUCACCCUCUCCCAGAGAAUCCGAUCCCAUCCGCGCUUUUCACAGUCUCAUCCCCCCACUCAGCUCAAAUUCUUCCAAUUCUGAUGCUACUAAGAUGCCUCAUUCUCAUGUCAAGCAUUCCUCUCAAGACACGAAGAAGUCCCAAACCAAAGUCCUGAAGAGCCCGAACCGCCCCCAGAAAAGCCCCAAGAAUGCUCCAAAAAGAGAAAUCCCCAUCAAGUUCCCAAAGCCAAACAAAACUAACUUGAAGGAACUGAUUUCUCAGAAGCCCGGCCGCGUGGAGGAUAGAAGGCAACCUCCAAAGGUAUCAAAAUAUUGGCGUGAUUGUUAUUCUUCAUGCAGCAACCCACCCAUAUCUGAAUCGACCUCCUCCAAUGAUGCUGACGAUGAAGGAUUUGCAAAUGGUCGUGUUGAAAAUAACGACUCCGAGACGGACAACGACACCACUGCUUAUAAGCCUCCUAAACAGCCUUCCAAAGGACAUCGUUGCCGCAGGGUUGUUGAAAGUGAACAUGACUCUGGUUCUGUCUCCAAUGAUGCCGAUUGCUCCAAUUCCGACAACACUAACGGCCAUGGCUCAGACUCCACCAACAACUCUGAUGGUGAAUGUGACAACUCUGACAAUGGAUAA